AUGUCAUUGAAAGUAUGGGUUAAACGUGGCGGUGUUAGCGACGAUGAGGCGCUUGGAAUUUACGUCCCUGUGAACGGAACGGCUCAGAGUGUUGUGGAGGCGUGCCGUCGUGUUUUUCGGCAUCUGCAGCCAUCAGAGGUGGCGCUGCGCACAGAGGACGGCAUCAUUGUUGCGAUGGCUUCCCCCGUCACCGCCCUUCAGAGCCACACGCUAGAGAUUGUUGAGAUGCCUCAGAGAGAAGUGACAGGAAAACACAGUGGCGCUCCAACUCUCAGAGUUUCUUCACGCAUUAGGAGAGAACCAGUUCCACAGAAACAACAACUAGAGCGAAAAAAUGUACGUGUAGUCCCUUUUGGAGUUACGAAAAAAACGCAAUCAUCACAAAAAAAGGAAGCUGUUGGUGCCUUACCACAAAACCACAAAUAUAGCUCUUCUGCUCCUGAGGUGAGGAAGGAACCUGUUAGUGUGAACGAAAGUCUUGCUCUCUUAUGGGCUAGUAUCCCAUCGUUCACACCUGAAUCCCUGAAUAGAAGUGUACCAGCGGUAGAGAAGGCUUUGCAAACCGCGCAGUACAUUUAUGUAACUGACUCAUAUAAGUUGUUAGCAGAAGAGCACGUCCCCCCUAACGUGUCAUCAUCUGUAAAUGAAGAGGAGGAUAAGCAACUCAAUACCCUGGAGACACCCUCUCCGGAGAAUAAUGAGUUACCAGGUAAUCUUGAUACACAUACAAAUAAUGAGAGUCAUGAUAAUGUGAUUCACAGUUCUGACAUUACAUGCGGUAACUUUACAGGGAGAGAGAUAAUGAUGGAAGAGAUGCACACAGUUGAAAAGUCUGAUGUACCACCUUCUGGUGAGGUCUUGAAAACUGUAGUGAAUACAGAUGAGGUUUCUUCUUUUAGUAACAGUAGCAUGCUACAAGGCGAAGCUAACGUUUCCGAAGUAGUGCCUACUGUCAAAGAGGAACCAAUACUAAUGGAAGAGAAAGGAACAUCUACGACUAUCACCACUGCAGAGACAGAUUGCUGCGAUGUGGUAGAUGAAAGUAAUAUUAACAUCACUGACGCUAACGUUAGAGCAGUGGAGGAGAAAAAGGAAUUAGAGACAGGGUGUGAAGUUAUUAUGGACUCGUCAGAGCAAGAUGCUACCUAUUUUGAUGAGUGGUAG